UCGCGGUUUGGCGCGCUUACGGAGUGAAUGUGUUUGCUACGUAUUUUCUCGUUUAAAUUGGAUUGUUAUGGAUUGAAUCAUCGUGAAUAAACAUUAUUUUGUGAUUGUUACUUGUUGAACCUAAUUGUGUAUCGGGUUGUGCUCACUCACUUUGGAUACCAUUUCUUCCUCAAGGUGUGGCUACAUUCUAUCAUCGUAUGAAUCGACGGUGAAUCACCGACCGACGCGAUCGGUCGGUAUAACGCGUAGACUUCACAACGCUUCCAUCAUGACACUGCACUGGUGGAUGCACUGGUUCUGGGUGACGAUGCUCCUCACAUUUAUUGCGAGCACGGGUCGAAACCUCGCCGCGCCCCAGUCAGGAGAACUUCGCACGGAGUCUGAUGUAGAACGCCAAUCCACCGAAAGACAAGCAAGGGCUAUGUACUUCACCAAAACUCCGCCAUUUAGCACCACUCGACCAACUCCAAGCGUCAAUGAAACAGAAAGAAACAGAGAAUCAGCUAAAUACAGCAUUAACUCAACUAACACAAACGAAACUCUAGUGAACACAACAGAAGUUCAGCCAAUACAAUGGACUCCAGUUAACACAACAGACACAAACGUGUCCAUUAUCGCUCUACCAGAAAACACAACACUCACAAACAUAACAUCAGACUAUACUAACGUAAAUGAUUCACAAAAUUCCACUUUUGCGUCAAGAAGACGAAAUUUGACGAAACCAGAAUUCAUAAAGGAGGACCUAACUCUAGAAGGCAUUGCUGAAAGUCGAAUAGUGACUGAGAAACCUCUGUCCUUAGAAACAACGUACCUACAGACGAGAAUACCGCCUAAUGUUGAAUCUUCUAGAAGAGUUAUUGAUUCUGGUGGUGGGGGUAUGGAUACUGGAGUAAUUGCGGGUAUAUCCUUCGCGGCCUUGGUACUGGUGGCGCUGGCUGGAAGUACCGCCUUCGUGCUGUACCGUAGGCGAUAUUUAAAUAAGCCACAGACUUUGAAUGACAAGUGCUCCAACCCAGAUUCUAGUGGAUACCUUGACGAUAGCACUAUCAGAGAUAAUUCCGAGGAGAUGUACAGCCUUGACAACGAUUCAUUCCUGAAUUCGCUCGAGGCGAUGACCAUCCAGAAUUACUGGACUGACACGGUGAAACACACCAAACUAUAG